AUGGGCAUUGUCUAAAAUGUUAGAUAGGAUGGUAUUUAAAUUUAGAUUAGAAUAGCUAUUCCUUAUUAGGAGAUUCUUUAAUUGUUGGAGAUGAACAAAUUGAUAAUAAUAAUUCACUUAUGUAUGAUGGUUACUAUCUAUCAAAAUAUUAAUGUUAGAAUUAAUUUAAUACAUUUGUAUUUGGAAAAUGUAUUUAAUUUUUUUAAGGAUAUUAGAAUAUUGAUGGAAAAUGUCAUUAAAUAAUGGACAACAAUUAAGUUUAAAUUAUUUUUUUAAUUAUCAGUUAGUAAUAGUUAGCAAUUAGGUAAAUAGGCGAUUUUUAAAAAAACCUUUUUAUAUAUCCUUAUGUAGAGAUAGGUAUUUAUCACAUUAUGAUUAAAGUGAUGAUGCUAAUAAUGUUCCAUAUGAUGGUUGUUAUUUAUGUGAAUUUUCAUGUAACUAUGAUUUUCAAACUUGCAAUUUUGGUGAAUGUUCUUAUGUUAACUUGGUUAUUAAUUAGAUUAAUCUAAAAAUAUAUGUAAAAGUAUAUGUGGAUAUAGAAUUGUUACACAUGAUGAAUGAUGUGAUGAUACUAAUUUAUUAUAAUAUUAAGAAUGUGUAAAUUGUAAAUUAGUAUGUUAAGAAUACUGUAUUAAUUGUGAAGAUGGUUAAUGCUUUGACUGUAUUUCAGUAGAUUGGUAAUUAAACUUGAUUAAUAUGAAUUGUUAUCCUAUUUGUGGUAAUUUAUUAAAUUGUAUGAAAUGAAUAGUGUGAUGAUGGAAAUGAUAUAGAGGAUAAUGGUUGUAUAGAUUGUUAUUAUUAAUAUUAAGAAUAAUGGACUCAUUGUGAAAAUGGUGAAUAUAGAGAAUGUAAUAUUGAAGGAUGGUAAUUAGAUAUUUAUAAAUGCACUACAAUAUGUGGGAAUGAGAUGAUGGAAAUCUAAUUGCUCAUGAAGGAUGCUAUGAGUGUAAAUAUUAAUGUUAAAAUUUGUUAAGCUUGUAUAAAAUCUGGAUAAUUAAAAUAAUUUAUGUUUCAUUUUUGUGGAGAUGGUAUUCAUUAUUCAUCCACAUGUAAAUGUGAGGAUGUUAAUUAAACACCAUAUAUAAGGUAUCAUUAUUGUGAAUUUUAAUGUGAACAACUUUGCACUUUCUGUGAAGUAGGAAUUAGGUUGGAUAAUAUAAAAUAAUUAAUGUACAUCUUAUUGUGGUGAUGGUUUAGUUGUUGGAUAUGAAUAAAGUGAUAAUAUGAAUUCUAUUGAAAAAGAUGGAUAUGAUGAAUGUAAAUUUAUCUGUGAUUAAUAUUGUAUUAAUUAUUAAGAAGGAAUUUUAAAGAAUCUCCAGAAGGAAUGCAUCUAUUUGAUUAUAUUUACUAGCCUAAAUGUGGAGAUAGAUUUUAUCUUAAAUUAUUUGAGUCUUGUGAUGGUUGUAAUUCAAAUUGUUAAAUUGAAAACAUUGGAUUUGUACAUUUAGUUCUUGAGUACAGAGUUUCUUUUCUAUCUCCUAUCAAAAAUCCUAUCUUUUAAAUAGAAGUUAUUGAUGACACAAUCUUAUCUCAAUUAAAUCAACUUCUUUUCAUAAAACUUUACACUCCAAUAGUUUUAGCAGAAAAUCAAAUAUAUAUACCAUAAUAAGCUUCUAGCUUUAAUGAAGGAAUUAUUAUUUCACUAUUCCUCAAUUAGCUUAUUGACUGGAUAAUCAGAUAUCUUUUUGAAUCUAUGGAUCAAUUACAAUAUUUAUCAUAUGUUAAAUAUUGUAGAACUUUUUAAAAAAAAUCCUCACUUCCUCUUUCUUUAAUAAAUUUUAAUUUAUGUGAUGAUACAUAAAUAUUCAAUUUUUACCCAAUCUGUAUAAUAACUCCUUUUAUAUCAGCAUUAGAAUAAUAAUAUUUAUUUAAACGAAAAAUAAGUUCCUUAAAGAUGA